GAUUAAUAAAAAUUCAACAAUGCGGUCUGCUCAUGUGUGUGAAUUUUUCGAGCUCAUUUCAUUUUGAAUUAAUUGAAUAAAUCUUGAUUGAUGUGACAAGCACCAAAUGCUUUUCUGUGGAAAGAUGGUGUCAGCCGUUCUCAGCAGGCCUGGUUUCCUGUGGGGGGCGAGCUCACUGCAUGUGGUCAGACACCCUGUGAGAAAGUCUAGUUUGCAGACACAUCUUAAAAAUAAAUUAUGAUGCCUAUGCAAAGUCAUGAGACUCACCACAGAUUAAAAAUAAUAAUAAUAAUAAUAAUCAAGUUGUGAGCUAACAGUCCUAAGUGAAUUUGCAUAAAAUAUUAAGUCUGUAAAAGCAAAUUGGAAAAACAGCAUUGAUUGAACCAUUAUGCUAGGCUAGUCAGGGUUUUCAAGCAAGUGAGCAAUGUUUUGACAAACAGAGCCACAGUGUUUGUAUCAGGAAUUUAAAAAAAAAAUGCACCUAAAAAUGUAAUUUAAUGGGAAAUGGGGUCCAGUGUUGAUUUUGGACUGUACUGACUUUCAUUGUAUGGAAAAACACAGUUUUAAAUUUAUAUUUUUUUUGUGUUCCACAGAAUAAAUAAAUUCAUACAGGUUUGGAAUGACAUGAGGGUGAGGAAAUAAUGACAAUUUUCAUUUUUGGGUGAAUUAACAGGAAUCCUCGUUUUAACAAUUUUCACACGGUGCAUUUAAUUAACAGAAGAAACAGCCAGCAAAUGCUGUGGUUUGCUGUGUAAAGGGAGGCUUGCCCUUUUACAUUGAGUAAUUUAAAAGUCAGUGACACAUUUUCAAUGUUCCACAAGCACAAUGACACACUUCACAGCGAUUCUGUUCGCCACAGCUGUGACCACACUGCUCAUCACAGUUGUGUUUGGAGAUGACAUAAUCAAUGGGAAAAAAGCUUCAAAAGAUUCAUUGCAAUACAUGGUCUCAGUGCAGACCGAUAAAAAACAUGAAUGUGGAGGAUUUCUGAUAUAUCCUCAAUACGUGCUCACAGCAGCACACUGCGCAAGUGAAGAGAUGACUGUCGUUCUUGGCGACCAUAAUAUUUCUCCACAGAAAAAUCAAAAAAGAUUCAAUGUGGUUCGCAAAUUUAUACCAAAAACAUUUAAAAAUGCUAAGAUGGGUAAUGACAUCAUGCUUCUAAAGAUUUCCAGUAAAGUAGUUUUGGGAGGAAAGGUGAAGACGGUGAAAUUCCCACAUCAACAUUACAGUGUUAAAAAAAAUACCCAGUGCUUGGUUGCUGGAUGGGGUUCCACUAAACAGCGUAAAAAAGUUAAUGACCUUUUGGCCUUGAAUGUAUCAACUGUUGACAUCCGCGACUGCAAGGAAGCAUGGAAGAAAUACAAAGAAAACAUCACACAACUUCCACCAAACAUCAUCUGUGCUGGAGGAUAUAAACAGAACGGAGGAGUUUGCUCGGGUGAUUCUGGGGGGCCGUUGGUGUGCAAUUCAAUGGCAGUGGGCAUUGUCUCCUUCACCAUAAAGGGGUGUAAAUAUCCUGAUGUUCCAAAUAUCUACACUGAUAUUUCAAAAUAUGCACGUUGGAUCAAAGCAAUGAUGAAGAAAAAAGAUACUUAAGAGUUUUGUGUUCACAGCACUUGCAAACUAUGCUUAAUCAUACAAUACUGACCAAAUAAAAUUGUUUUGCUAAUGACUUGUCUCUGUAUUUUCAAAAUGACCACUUGCUGUUUAUGAGAUAAAUUGCCUCAAUGUCCAUGCUUUUGUG